UACAGCAGUUCAUUAUGCAGUAAUUCAUGGAUACCAUAAAAUUCUUGAGGCUCUGAUUAGUAAUAAUGCUGAUUUAAAUGUUAAAACUGAACUCCAUGAAAAAACUGCACUUCACUAUGCAGUUGAAAGUUUAGAUAUUCAAUCUUUUGAGUUACUGAUAAAUAGCCAGGCAAUUAUUGUCAAUAAAAAAGACUGGAAAAGUAUGACUCCACUCCAUUUUGCUGCUCAGCUUGGUUGUGCAGAUAUGGUCCAAAGGUUAUUGGAUAGAAAUGCUGAUAUUAACUGCAGGAACAUGUUUGACGUAACACCAUUGCACUUUGUAUGUGAUUCAAAAGAUAGCCAUAAAGACAUCUUACAGCUAUUACUGGAAGCUGGAGCUGAUCCUCAUUUGAAAGAGUUAAGGUUUCAACAUACUCCUUUACACAAAGCAGCCAUUCGAGGACAUUUUGAAAUUAUUUCAAUUUUGUUAACGAAAGCAUUGAAAAUAAAUGACAAAUGUCAGCUUGUAAUAAAACUUCCAUGGAAAAAAAGAAGAAUGCAUAGUUUUAAUUGGGGUAUUUUUUAUGAGAUUAUUUGUGAGUAUCAUGAAUCAAAAACUGCUCUGCACCUUGCUGCAGAGAAUGGUCAUGCCAAAGCUAUUGAAGUUUUAUUAAAUCACAAUGCCAGCAUUGAUAUUGCUGAAAGUGAAACUUCAAAAACUGCUUUACAUCUAGCUGCUGAAAAUGGGCACAAAAGUGUUGUCAAAGUACUAGUUGAAAGAGGAGCUAAUCUACGAAAGAAGGACUAUGCAAACAAGAUUCCAUUUCAUUAUGCCAUUAAGCAUCACAAAAAAGAUAAAGAACUAAUUGAGUUGCUGACUAUUGACAAUUUCAAUUUGGAUUUAUUUGAUGAGGAUUAUGAUGAGAUUCAUGAUGCAGGAGUAUGUGGCAGGCUUGAUAUUUUAAAAUUAUAUGAUGAAAGUGACAUAUUCUAUUCUCCUGAUCAAUUCGGCAGAACUAUUUUUCAUUAUGCUGCUGAGAAUGGUGAUUUAAAUCUUGUACAAUAUUUGCUGACAGUUAAAUGUCAACAACCCAAGGGUUACUGUCAUUCUGAAACAAGAGACAUUUUUGGCUAUACUCCACUCUAUUUUGCAGUCAGUAAAGGCCAUUCAGAUAUAGUUUUAUGUAUAUUACAAAGUGAUAAGCAGAAAGUUGACAAGGAUAGAAAAUAUGGAUAUUAUAACCAAACAUUACUUCACAUUGCAGCUGAAAAAGGUUUUACUAACAUUGUGAAAUAUUUUUUGCAUAGCAAAUAUUACAGUUUCAGUGUUGAUGGCAAACUUAAUCCACUAUACGAUCGUAAUGACAAAACACCAUUACACAUUGCAGCUGAGAAAGGCUAUGAAGAGAUUGUUCAAUUGCUUUUGGAAAAUGGAGCUAGUAUUCAUAUUAAAGAUUGUGUCUCUUACACUCCUUUGCAUUAUGGUGUUGAAAGUGGAAAGACUAAAAUAGUUGAGUUAUUACUUCAGAAAGGAUUUCCCCUGAGGUUAAGAUGGCAUGAGGAAAGCUGGAAUAAAGCCAUCACAAAUGUUGCAUGCAAGGGACACACUGAAGUUAUAGAAUUUUUAAUUCAAACAGGAGAAUUGAAUAUAAUGCCCAGUGCUCAAUGCACUGCUCCUCUCCAUCAUGCAAUCAUAUACUGUCAAAAAGAAAUGAUCAGUCUACUUCUAUCUUAUAUUGAUAUCUCAGCAUCACUGAAAUUUGGACCUAUGCAUGUUGCUGCUGAACAUGGAUUGAUAGACAUUGCAGAGUUGCUGAGAAAACAUGGAAUAAGUGCUGAUGAUGGAGACAAUGAUGGUUUACGACCACUUCAUUAUGCAUGCCGAGCAAGCCAGGUAGAAAUGGUUGAUUAUUUGUUAAGAACUGGUGAAGUAAGGGAUCCUAUGAAAGUCUCAAAAGAAGGACUUUCCCCUCUUGAUGUGAUAGCACCAGAGUCAACUGCUCGCACGAAAUUACUUCAACUCUUUCGUCCUUAUGUUGACAGUCACACAGAUUACCCUAUUGAAACUUAUGCUAAAGUAUUUAUGUGUGGCUACUCUACUGCUGGUAAGAGCUCUCUCAGUCAAGCUCUCGUUGAUCGCUCCAAGAAGCCCCUCGGUUAUAAGUUUAGUCCAUUGGAAAAGGUUAAAGAUGUGACACCAUUUACUGUAGGCAUUGAUUUACACACUAUCAGCAGUCCUGAGAUUGGAAACAUUGUAUUAUAUGAUUUUGCUGGCCACACAGAGUUUUAUAGUAGUCAUGCUGGCAUACUUGAGAAUCUGAUGCUACACUCACCUGGAGUAUUUGUUAUAAUAGCUGAUCUUACAAAGCCACGUAGCAAAGUGCAAAGCGAAUUGUUCUAUUGGCUCAACUUUAUUGAAAAUGCAUGUGCUAAGCUACCUAAACCUUCUCAAGUUAUAUUGGUGGGUAGUCGUGCAGACAGUUUUUCCAAGCAUGGGUUAGAAUUCAAAGCUGACAUGAAUGAUUUAGUAGAAGAGGCUGUUGUGAAGCAAAUUUUCAAAGGAUAUUGUGCUCUAGAAUGUCAUAAACCAGGUGGUAUUGGCAUGAAUGAUUUUGUAUCAAUUCUUGCCACAAGCUGUAAAGAAGUUGUCAAUCGAUCUGAUGGUAUCAGCUACUACUGUCACCUCCUCUAUUCCCUUCUCAAGGAUCUGAAUGAGAUUGCAAUCACAUUUGAAAAUCUUUCAAUUAAAAUUAAAAAGAAUCCUGAAGUUACUAUCAGUGAUGAUCCAGCAUUUCUUUCUAAUACUCUAUUAACCCUCAGUGACAAAGGUCUCAUCUUGUAUCUGAAAUCAAAUGAUCCAUCUACUAGUUGGAUAGUUGUCGACAGGGUCAAGCUCCUUCAUGAAGUAGUGGGUGUUUUAUUUGCCCCUGCCAGUAUUGAGCGAGUUCACAGAGAUAUUGCCAGCAACAUUGGCAUUGUUAAAUUUUCUCAGCUGAAAAGUAUCUUUAAAUCUCAAAAUUUUGAUGCACUUAUGUUGAAAGGCUUUUUGACAGCACUAGAAUUUUGUCAAGUUAUCGAUUCUGAUAUUUUGGAUUCAUCUUAUGAUUACUCUGAAGAGCUUCUUUUCUUUCCAGCUUUGAUUGCCGAGAAACAACCAGCAGAAAUGAAGAAGGCUCCAUCAAGGGGCUGGUACCUAAAGUGUACUAAUCCUCAUAAAUUUUUCACCGUUCGCUUUCUUCAUGUAUUAAUCCUUCGCCUAGCUUUGUUUCAUGUUAGCAGUGGAAAGAAGUCUGAAGAGUUAGAUCGUCGCUGUACUGUAUGGAAAGAUGGCAUUAAUUGGAUAAGUCACAACAUAGAGGUACUAGUCCAAGUAUCCUUAGAUGAUCGUUGCAUUACAGUUCUCAUAUCUGACAAAGAUAACCUAAUUGCACAAAAAAUGUUUGCUUCAGUAAUAUCUGAAAUACAUUCAUUGAUGAAUAGACUAAGUCCAUGUGCAACAAAGGAAUAUAUCAUCAAUCCUUCUCAGUUAGAAGAAGUUAGCAAAUUAAAAAAGGAAGAUGUGUCUCUCUUUCUACUUCAAAAUGUAGCUCAGGCUAUGAUUCUACGGCAACAAGUGUCUGAUGAGGGUGGACAAUACGAUCGUUCAAUUGAUAUCAUUUUGGACAGUUUUGAGCCUUAUUUAUUCAUUCCACCAUUCAUAACACAGGAGCUAUUUAAUGCUGAGCUUUCCAACAAUAAAAUUCACCAAUCACGUUUGGACUGCUUACUCCUAGUAUGUCCUGAUAUGAUGAAAGGAACUGCUUUUAACUCUUAUAAAGAAGUAAGGGAUCACAUUCAAUCUUUUAGCAUCUUUACGGGUCACAAUGUGGUGAAUUUAGCUUUGUCUUGUGAUUCUGCAACAUCCAAAGAAAAGAAGCAGUUGGAUCAUUUACUAACAAAACCACUUUUGUUUGAAUUUAAAGAGAGAAAACCAUUAAAACAGGAGAUGUUAAAGUUAUUAUCUGGAGAAGUAUCUAGUGAUUGGUCUAUAUUUGGUACUUAUCUCAAUUUGCCAAGUGACUUUAUAAAAAAUUUGAGGGAAUCAAAUGCAUCUAGUGACCAAAAGUUUGCACAAGUGGUUGAAACAUGGUUAUCGAAGUCUAAUAUUCAUUGCACUUGGAAUAAAGUAAUCGAGACUCUUGAAGAUAUGAAUCAUGGGAAAGCUAUAUAUAAUGUUAAAGUAUUUUUAGGAGAGAAUGCAGCAAAAAGUCCUAGUUGUACUGAAACUGGUGAUGAAUUACCAGAUGAAACUGAUAGAGCAGCAUCUCCUGAGACAUUAAGCACUUCUAUUAAUACAGAAAGUGUUACCAAUGUACCACUUGUAGCUUUGACUAGCACACCAAUGCCCAGCACCUUCAAAGCAGAAUCAAUUUGUACUGAUGAACCAAGUAUGCCUUUUCCUAAUGACAUGUCUGUUAUUAAUCCUGGAACUUCUGGAAGUAAUACAAGUACUCCUCAUUCAUCUCCACAAAAAGGAAUGACAACCUCUGUUGACAUUGAUUCAUCAUGCAAAGAUAAUACUUCUGGCAUUGGAACAGUUUCUUAUUCUCAAGCUCCUUCAAUUGCUAACAAUACUUCUGCAGCACAUGAUUCCUGUUCACUGCAGCAACAGCAUAUCUAUACCAUGAUAAUAGUGUCUAUACAUGUAUUUACUUUUCUUAAUGGUUUGUUUGCAAAUCAAUAUUCAUCUAUGUCAUCUAAUUCUGGCAAAAUAGCAGAUGAUGUUUUAAUGAAGUGUUCAUCACACCUGGAUCAUUUGCCAAAACUUGCUGGAUAUUUAAGAAUACCUGACAGGUGUUUACAACAGAUUCAGAAUGACUUCACAGACCCAGACAUACAAGGAUAUUGUCUCUUGAAAAAGUGGAAAGAGCUCUAUCCUAAUUCAUCGCUCGCUGACCUUAUCAAAGUAUUUCAAUAUUUAGGCCUUAAUGAAGCUGUUAAAGUACUUGAAGAAAAUUAAUUAAUCAAUUCUAUUUGCCAUGUCAUUAUUUUUGUAGUCUGUGACACAUGAAGCUACUUGUUAUUUUUAUAUUAAAAAAUUAUUUUGAAUUGA